AUGAACGCGAUCACAGUCAUGAAUGACCGAUCACCAGUCGAUGACUCUGAAUACGAGCCAAUGCGUCUGGUCACGCACGGCGUUCUACGCGGUGAUGCCGACAGCAGCGAUGCUGUUAGACGUCUACUGCGACAUGGACACCGAGCAGGAGGCUGGACGGUGUUCCAGCAUCGUUUUAACGGAUCGGUCAACUUUUAUCGCGUCUGGGCGUCCUACAAGGAAGGAUUUGGCAAUCUGGAUGGAGAGUUUUGGCUAGGGCUCGACAACAUACAUCUUCUCACGACAAUGGCGCCAUCUGAACUGCGCGUGGAUGUCGAGGACCAGGACGGAAACAAGAGGUUUGCCGUUUACGACAAGUUUCACGUGGACACCGAAGCCAGCAAAUACAGGCUUACACUAGGCUCCUACCGUGGAAACGCAAACGAUGCGAUGUCAUAUCACAGCGGGCAGAAAUUCAGCACAAGAGAUCAGGAUAACGACGAACAUUCGACGCACUGCGCGCAGAAGUACCUCGGAGCUUGGUGGUACAAAGGCUGUUACUUUGCUAAUCUGAACGGCGAGUACGACAACAGCAACCCCGGUCAGGUGAAGAACCACGUAUAGGAGACGCAGAUGCGC